AACUUUGUGUUGGCAGCCUGCUUCCUUAUUUAACUUUAAGUUUCUCUUUUCUGGAUGAAGGAAAAUUGAAGGCAAAAACUUUUCUUGUUCUUCUUUCCGCUUGUGUAUAUUCUUCUGCACAUCAAGUGUUGUACAACGUACACGUGAACCCUAAACAUGCGUUACCUGGCGUCGUACCUUUUGGCCGUCCUGGGAGGCAAGGACAACCCAAGCUCCGCGGACCUGGAGAAGAUCCUUAACUCUGUCGGAAUUGAAGUCGACAAUGAGAAGUUGAACAUCGUCAUCAACCAGCUCAAGGGCAAGAACAUCGAGGACCUGAUUGCCGAGGGCAGGGAGAAGCUGUCUUCGAUGCCCGUGGGAGGUGGAGUUGCUGUAGCAGCCGCCCCUGGAGCCGCCGCACCUGCCGCCGCCAAGGAGGAGGCGAAAGAGGAGAAGAAGGCCGCCAAGGAGGAAUCAGAUCAGUCGGACGACGACAUGGGCUUCGGACUGUUCGACUAGGCUAGGAUAUGUUUUAGGUUUUUCUCUUGUUAACAAUUUAUUUUGCAAUUUUUUAUCUCCCGUUUUAUACUUGUUACUAUUGAAAAAUAAAUUAUUAACAAGUGA